AUGAAAUUGAAAUCAUUGAUAUUUUCUCUUCUCUCGAAGAAGAAGGCUGAGGCUGGGGAAGAAGAAGGCGGAAAUUGUGAGGAAUCUGAUGAAGUCUUCAAGAACGAUUUAAUUUCUCGCAAGAAACUGUGUGUUGUGAUAAAUAUUGAUAAUACUCUUCUGGACUCUCUUAGAGGGCGCGAUUACGCCUGGGAAGAUCACGACUAUCUUUCAGAAUCCGGGGUUCAAAGGUCGGUUCGGCAAGGGAUCUUUUAUGCGUCACCGGAAUUAGAUAGGAAUAUCAAAUUAAGGCCUUAUAUUCGAACCUUUUUGGAGAAAUUGACCCUUGAUUACGACAUCGUUUUGUACUCGAGGGUUUCCCCACAGUAUCUUGAUAUCAUGACUGAUGUUCUUGAUCGUGAUAGCGUGUACCGUAAAGCCGGGUGCCUGACGUCGGUAUACGAGGACGAUGACAUUGGCAAAAAGCAUCUUCAUCCGAUAUUGAAGAACAGGGAGGUUGUGUGUAUCCUUGAUUGCAGGGAAAGUGGUUGGGAGAAGUACGCUGAUAAUCUUAUCAAGAUUGAUCCUUACUGUUAUUUCGUAACCAAGGCCAGGGCUAAUAAUAAUCUUAAUCUUCAUCUUCCAAAGUCAUGGAUUCAAUUGAAAGGAGAUGAGUGCGAGGAAGGUGGCGAGCUAUAUAGGGUUUUACGCGUCUUGUCUGUUGCUCACAUUUUCUUUUUCAAGCCGGAUAGCUCUCAUGACAUCCGCCAAGUCAUUCACAAUCUCAAAUCCCAGAACAAACUCUAUAAAUACCGUACGCUUUAG